UUGAUUGGGCAGUGUUAGAAGGGAAGAUGGCGGUGUGUACGGUGGAGCAUGUUGUGGCGGAUGCUGGGGCUUUCUUAAAGAACGCGCCACUCCAGGAAUUUGGAAAAACCAUCUACACGUUAAAGGAAGUUGUGAAUGAAAUACGAGACAAAGAAACUAAGCGAAGACUAGCAGUUUUACCAUAUCAACUCCAUUUUAAAGAACCAUUCCCUGAAUAUAUUCGACAUGUAACUGAGUUUUGUAAAAAGACAGGAGACUACCCUAGUCUCUCAGCAACUGAUAUUAAGGUUCUGGCACUAACCUAUCAGCUCGAAGCUGAAUUUGUGGGAAUUGGCCACUUAAAGAACGAACCUGCACAAAAUGUUGAAGUGAGUACCACUUUAAGACACCCAGAGUCAAUGAUUGACGUAGCAGGUUUUCAUCUGCCAUCUAAGCAGCAUUCAGAACAAGAUUGCCCAAAGGAAGAUUAUUCACUCUCUUUAGGAUCAGAGGAAGCUUGCCAUCCAAACAAAACAAAACAUUCUCGUGAAGUGCAUGUGGCUGAUGCAUCAGAAUUUAGUACCUUUCAUUAUUGGAGAAAUCCAUUACCAAGCAUUGAAGAAGAUCUGCAAGACUUUUUGAAGAAAGAGAAUGGCUGUACUUUGAGUGAGACUUCACUCAAGCAGCACCAAGAAGAACAGUAUGAAAGUGAAAGAUUUGAGGAAAAAGACGAUGACGAUGGGUGGAUAACACCUAAUAACAUUCAGCAGAUCCGCCAAGAUAUGGGCUGCUCUGAGAUGAUGGCAAAUGUCAAAGUUGGUUGUUUGACUACAGAUUUUGCCAUGCAGAAUGUCCUUAUUCAGAUGGGGCUUCAUGUGAUUUCAUUAAAGGGAAUGCUUAUAAAACAAGCACGAAACUACAUCUUGCGGUGCCAUGCAUGUUUCAAGACCACAACUAACAUGAACAAGACAUUCUGCCCAAGCUGUGGUAACAAGACACUGAAGAAGGUAGCAGUGACUGUAAAUGAGGAUGGCAGUAUUCACAUGCAUUUCUCAAAAAACCCAAAAGUGUUGAAUGCACGAGGAUUGAGGUAUUCACUCCCAUUACCACAUGGUGGGAAACAUGGCAAUAAUCCACAUUUGACUGAAGACCAGAGCUUUCCUCAGCAAAGACUAUCCAAAAAGGCUAGGCAGAAGACAAAUGUCUUUGACCCAGAUUACAUUGCUGGGAUUUCUCCCUUUGUGGAGAAUGACAUCUACAGCAGAGCUGCUAAUUUAAACAUUCGGGACAACAGAAUUGGAGCAGGGAGGAGGAGGAUGAAUCCAAAUGCUGUAACAAAGAAGUUUGUUAAGAAGAAAUAAUUCUUCCAACUGAGAUACUGAAAAAUUGGAGUAUAAUGGUGUUUUUGAUCACUAUAUUGUAAAACUAUUUGUACAAAGUAAAUUCAACAAAAAUUGUUAAUGGAUUUUUAUUGUUGAACUUUAAAAAAAUCAACAGUACUCACCUGAAGGAAUAUAAUACUUGCAAACAUUUUCCGAAACUGGUAACCCUACUUGCGUAUAAUGUUUACACUCAAAGUAUAUUUAUAUUAAUAUUGCUAGAGGAAGAUGGUUUACCAGUCAACACUGUAUACCUUUUAACUACAUGGUCCUCUUGUCUCAUUUUGUAUAAAAAUACUCCUCUGGAAUCUAAAUCCAGAUUGUCUUUAGUUGAAACCUACUAUGUUUGCAACUUCACUAUAAAUAAAUUUAAUACAUUCACUUUC